GCGCAGUGCGGCGCCACCAUGGGGGCCCAGCUGAGCACGUUGGGCCAUGUGGUCCUCUCCCCAGUCUGGUUCCUCUACAACCUGCUCAUGAAGAUGUUUCAGCGUUCCACCCCGGCCAUUACCCUCGAGAGCCCAGACAUCAAGUACCCACUGCGGCUCGUCGACAAGGAGGUCAUCAACCAUGACACCCGGCGGUUCCGCUUCGCCCUGCCAUCGCCCGAGCACAUCCUGGGCCUCCCUAUUGGCCAGCACAUCUACCUCUCGGCUCGGAUCGAUGGAAACCUUGUCAUUCGGCCCUACACGCCCGUCUCCAGCGAUGACGACAAGGGAUUUGUGGACCUGGUCAUUAAGGUUUACUUCAAAGACACCCAUCCCAAGUUUCCCGCUGGAGGGAAGAUGUCUCAGUACCUGGAAAGCAUGGCGAUUGGAGACACCAUUGAGUUCCGGGGCCCGAACGGCCUGCUGGUCUACCAGGGCAAAGGAAAGUUUGCCAUCCGUCCAGACAAGAAAUCCAGCCCUGUCAUCAAGACGGUGAAGUCUGUUGGCAUGAUUGCAGGAGGAACGGGCAUCACUCCGAUGCUGCAGGUGAUUCGUGCCAUCAUGAAGGACCCUGCCGACCACACUGUGUGCCACCUGCUCUUUGCCAACCAGACUGAGAAGGACAUCCUGCUGCGGCCCGAACUGGAGGAACUGAGGAACGAACAUUCUGCGCGCUUCAAGCUCUGGUACACGGUGGACAAAGCCCCUGAAGCCUGGGACUACAGCCAGGGCUUCGUGAACGAGGAGAUGAUCCGGGACCACCUGCCGCCCCCGGAGGAGGAGCCGCUGAUACUGAUGUGCGGACCCCCGCCCAUGAUCCAGUACGCCUGCCUGCCCAACCUGGACCGCGUGGGCCAUCCCAAGGAACGCUGCUUCGCCUUCUGAUGGCCGGGCACUGGCUGCUCACACGCCGGCCCCGCGCCCUCACGUGCCCUGUCUGCACCCACCCGUCCCUGCCAUCGUUCUUUAACAUCACUUUCCCACACAUCUCCCCUUUUUGGUCCUGGAUUCAGCCUGGCCUGCCCGUGCCUGAGUGGUCACCCCGCUGGGCUAGCCCCCAAGGGGACCCUUUGGGAGCAGAGUUCUAUUACAGGUGGGUCAUCUUCAGGGCAGGUCCUGUCUGGUUCUCACUGGUUCUCACCAGUGAUGCCCGGCCCCAGGCCCUAUCCCUCCCUCACCUCGCACCUCCCACACUACUGGGGCGAGGCUGGCAGCACCAUGCUGCACUCCCCCCCCCACCCCCUCCCCUGCCAGAGUGGACCACAGUCUGGAAAUAAACGGAAAUGUACCAGCAGCCCAGAGCUGCAGGUGCCAGGGACACCCCCCCCCGCCACUCCUCACUCCUUGCCUCUGGGCCAGGACAAGCGUCAGCACGUGACACUACAUGACAGGUACCACCAAAAAGUCCUCUUGGCAGGGGCUUCUGGGGCUGAGUGGCUGCCCCAGGGCCCAGGCAGGCCAGGCCAGCUAGGAGCUUGGCUCUCCUGGGGCUGGAGUGGGAGGGGGGACUGACUGAGGGCCCCUCCCGUUGGGGUAUGGGCCCUCCUGCAGCCUCCACAUUUUUCCCAACACACCCAAAUGUUUGGGCAGUUUGGGGGGUUCCAAGCUGUCAGCCCGCAGUCGGACUGACCACCUCAGGGUCCUGGGCCACCAGCCCUGAUGGCAGAGCUAAGACGAUGUUUAUUUAUUCCUCUGUCGCACAGCUGCCCCUCCUGCUGCCUGCACCCCACUGUGGGGGAGAUUUUCAGCAGAGCCUCUUGUCUGAGUGACACUUUCAGUGGCCUCCAUGUUGCUUUUAGACAACAGUGCGUUGGCCUCUUGCAUACCGGCUUUUUCAGUGUCAUUUAUGAGCAGAAAAAAACGUUGAAAUUAAACUUUGCUAAUAUUAA